AUGUGUUGCCACCUAAUGAGUCCGGCUCGCCACCAACAACAUAAAUCCUUCACUCGCAUUGAUGCAUUCCGCCGGCGAUUCCCCACAAUCAAGCUUGGUGAUCGCCCCGUGGCCGGAAGACAACCGCUGCGAUUGGAGUGCAAGGUGGAGGGUUCACCGCUGCCUGAACUGACUUGGAACAAGGAUGGCGUUCAGAUCCAGAGCCCCGAUCGCCAAUACAGCUUCAGCAAUGGAAGCCGGAUGGUACUCGCCGCGCUGUUAUUCCACAGAGUUGUUGGAUGUGAAGGAAUUUACCGAGUAAUUGCCACUAACCCCUCUGGUACUGUCCACGACAAAGGUACCGCCACCAUCAAGAAAGCUCCUCGUGACCGAGAACGAUCAGCUGAACGUGAUGAAUUCGACGCUAAUAAAGUCCCGAGAAUCCCUGAGAAACAAGGAUUCCGACUUCGCUGUAAAUUCAGUGGUGAACCAAAGUUGUCUAUCAAAUGGUUCAAAGAUGGCGAACGAGUCUUCCCGUAUGGAAGGCUGAAGCUGGUGCGUAUACCUUUCAGUUAUCGAUUAAUCUUAUCGAUUAUUGAUUGUUGGUCAUGGAAGCUUAUAACUGAAUUGGGUUUCUUACAGUUGGAAUCACCUGACGGCGUAUGCGAGUUGGUCAUUGAAUCGUCAAUUCGGCAAGACGCCGGAGGCUACAGAUGUGUCGCAGAGAACGCGUACGGAGCCGCAAGGACCACUUGCGACGUUACCGUAAUCCAGAAAGAACGAAAACCUAUCACGGACUUCGAUGCGACCAUGAAAGAAGGAAAAGCACCAGGAUUUACUGUGCCUCUUACAAUUCGACGAGCAAAGCCGGGCGCCGAUGUCACGUUCGAAUGUGUUCCGUACGGAAAUCCGUUCCCACAGAUCAGGUGGUUGAAGGUGAGUACUGUACCGUGA